UACUCCAAGCAGUUUUCUGUGCAGUAGAAGAAGAAUGCGUUAGAGGACUUCCUGGAUGCUCGGAUGUGAAUGUAAACACAGAAAUGUCGCAGUCUCCAGACAGCAGAAGCCUUUUGUCCGCUUCUUCGCAGCUCAACCUCAUGGAAGUAGAAUCGAUUGACGAUAAGGAGUUUGACAUCCCCCAAGUGGACACGCCUCCCACCCUGGAGAGCAUCCUCAGUCAGAUGGAGGAAGAGGAGGAGCCGUUUGUUUUGGAGGACACGUGCAUUUUAAACACGGACAACAUGGACGCUCAGUCCUGUGACACGUCCUCCUUGGCCAGCUCGGACAGCGGAGACCCUGCGCACCUCAAACGGCAUGAACACACACAGAAACCUGCCCUGUUUGAAAGUGCUCUAAACCUGCUUCCACCCAUCAGCCAUAACAGUAUGACCUCUGACAGAAAGAGGAGGCCUCUGGAUCAGAGCGCGGCCGUCCACGGCUCGGUCCUUCGUCUCAGCCUGCUGAAGGGCAUCUCUGCCCAGAUGGUCGCUGCUUCAGACAAAGUGGACGCCGGGCUUCCCACCGCCAUAGCCAUGUCUGGAGUUAUCGCUGUAGGAACAUCUCAUGGUCUCGCCUUGGUAUUCGGAAAAGAUACCAACCAGGCUCUGCGGCUGUGUCUGGGCAGCAAGACGACAGGAGCAGAGUUCGGCGCCGUGUCCGCUCUCAGCAUCAACCACGACUGCUCUCGUCUUCUGUGUGGAUUUGCUAAAGGCCAGAUUACCAUGUGGGAUCUGGCUAACGGGAAGCUUCUGAGGACCAUCACAGACGCCCAUCCUCCAGGAACUGCCAUACUGCAUGUGAAGUUCACAGACGACCCGACUCUGGCGGUCUGCAACGACAGCGGAGGCUCCGUGUUUGAGCUGACAUUCAGGCGGGUCAUGGGGAUGCGCUCCUGUGACUCCCGGUGUCUGUUCAGCGGCUCUAAAGGAGAAGUGUGCUGCGUGGAACCUCUGCGGACGCCUCCGGACCUCAAAGACCAUCCCAUCACCUGCUACUCUCUGCUCGCCAUGGCCUCCCUCACCAAGAUCCUGGUGAUUGGACUGAAGCCCAGCCUGAACGUCUGGAUGACGCUGCCCUACACCAAGUCGGACCCGACCAGUGUCCCCCAGCUGGCCUGGCAGUUUGUUCCCGUCCAGAAGACGGUCAACCCCGUCCUUGCCUUCUGUAAAGGAGACACCGUCCACUUCCUCCUGGUGAAGAAGGAGGAGAGCGGCACCAUCCAUGUGAUCAAACAAAGACAACUCCACCUGAGCUGUGACAUCAUCAGUCUGAACUGGAUCAACAGCUGCACCUUGGUGCUGCUGGACAGCCACGAGAAGCUGCACGUCGUGGACCGGCCCUCGCAGGAGGUUCUGGAGACUCUGGAUCUGGAGCAGGUGCAGCUGGUCUACAACAGUCGACACUUCAAAUCGUUGGCGACCGGAGGGAACGUCUCUCAGGCUCUGGCGCUGGUUGGAGAAAAAGCCUGCUACCAGUCCCUGUCCAGCCACGCGGGCCAGAUCGUCUGUCUGGGCACCAAGUCGGCUCACAUUAUGUCCCUGAGGAGCUGGAAGGAGCGCCUGGACUGCUUCCUGAAGCAGGAGCAUUUCCCUGAGGCUCUGUCUCUAGCCUGGUCCUUCCAUGAGGGCACUGCCAAGGCUGUGGUAGGCCUCCAUGCAGACUCACAGAAGAGGAAGGCAGCAAUCAGUGACAAGAUGGUAGAGCUUCUCCUCCAGUUUGCAGAGUUCGCUCUGAAGAAGUGUCCGGAUCAGGGCAAAGUCCAGGUCAUGGAGCAGCACUUCCAGGACAUGGUGCCGGUUUUGGUGGAUUACUGCCUCCUGCUGCACAAGGCAGACCUGCUGUUCAACCAGCUCUACUCGCGCCUGCUGGAGAACACGGUGGCUAAGGGAGUCUUCCUGGAGUCCCUGGAGUCUUACAUCGUGGCCAACCGGCUCGGUCACAUCACCACGCCUGUAAUGAAGGACCUCUUAGCCCACUACCACGAUAACGGCAUGAUGGACAGCCUGGAGAGAUGCAUCGUCCACCUGGACGUGACCAGCCUGGACAUACAGCAGGUGGUCCAGGUCUGUUGGGACAACCAGCUCUAUGAUGCCGUGAUCUAUAUUUUCAACCGAGGAAUGAACGACUACAUCACUCCAAUGGAGAAACUCUUUUCAGUGAUUGGUCCUAGAGUCAAAGAGGGGAGGAGCCUAACAGGCGAUGAUGUGGUGAUGGGGAAUAAACUACUGGUUUACAUCAGCUGCUGUCUGGCUGGAAGGGCGUAUCCAAUCGGAGACAUCCCUGAAGAUCUGGUUGUUCAGGUGAAGAACCAGGUGUUUGAGUUCCUGAUUCGUCUUCAUUCAGGCGACUCUUCUCAGAAGGAGGAGGUUUUCCCGUUUAUUCACACUCUCCUCCAUUUUGAUACUCGGGAAUUUCUCAAUGUCUUGGCUAUGACGUUUGAUGACGUCCAGAACGACAAGCAGGCCUUGGAGUACCAGCAGAGGAUCGUGGACAUUUUACUUCAGGUGAUGGUGGACAACCCUGACUUCACUCCCUCCCAGGUUGGCGGUCUCUUCACCUUCUUGGCUCGCCAGCUGGCCAAACCAAACAACACACUGUUUGUGAACAGGAACCUUUUCGAUCAGGUCCUGGAGUUCCUCUGUUGUCCAGAUGAUGAUUCUCGUCACACCGAAAGGCAGCAGGUUCUGCUGGAGCUGCUGCAGGUUGGGGGGGUGGUCCAGUUCAAUGAAGAAAGACUCUUCACUCUUGCAGAGAAAGCCAAGUUCUACCAGAUCUGUGAGUUCCUGUAUGAGAAGAAGCAUCUGUAUGAGCGCAUCGUGGACUGCUAUCUGAGAGACCCUCUGCGUCAGUCUGAAAUCUUCAGCUACAUCCACAACCUGAUGUCCAUGCCAGGCUACAGCUCUGAAGAGAAGCUAAAGGUCAAACAGAAGGUGCUGCAGCACAUGCAGGAGUUGGUUAGCCUGUGUCCUGCUAAGUUAGCCGACCUGGUGACGUGGCACUUCGCCGAUGAGGUGCAAUCCAUCAUCUCUUCGCUGCAGGACGACCAGCUGCUCUUCCAGUUUCUCCGCUGCCUUCUGAAGCCUCAGGAAGGGUCUCAGCCGGCAUCCCUUCUGCCUCUUGACCCUGAACUCUAUGAGCUUCUGCUGGACCUGAUGUGCCGGUUUGAAUCCCAAGAGCUUCUGAAGUUCCUGCAAACAUCUCAGCAUUACAGACUAGACGAGGCUAUACAGAUAACGCAGAAGUACGGCUGUAAUGAAGCCAAGGCCUACCUCCUGGAGAAGAAGGGAGAUAUCCAUGGAGCGUUUGCCUGCUUGCUGCAGACCCUGAAGGAAAGACUGCAUGUCCUGUCAGCAGAGGUGAGCCAUGACGGAGAAGGAGCAGCUGACAGACGGGAUGAAGAGGAGCUGGAUUUAACACUGAUGAAUGUCAGGAAUUCAUUGAACCAAAUGAUUCUCUUCUGUCAUCGGAACUGUCAGAACCUGGACCAAGAGCAAGGAAAGGACCUGUGGUUCCCACUGCUGGACGCCAUGAUGGCCUCACAGAAGGAAGUGAUGGGACUCAAGGAUAAACACGUCUCAGAUGGUCUGAAGGAGAUGACCCUGAAGGUCCUGAACUGUAUGAGCAGCUUUAUUUCCCUCCCCGCCAUCAUUCAGCACAUACUGCAGGACCCCGUUUAUGGACGAGGAAAGCUGGCGGAGAUUCAGGGGCUCAUUCUGGGGAUGUUGGACACCUUUACCUAUGAACAGACGUUGCUGGAAACGACAACAAGUCUGCUGAACCACGACCUCCACUGGUCCUUGGCUCAUCUCCGCUCUGUCGUCACCAGAGGGCUUCAUCCACGACAAGACUGCUGCAACAUCUGCCUGCAGCACUACAAGAGGAAGCAGGAUGCGACGGAGGAGAUCGUUGUGUUCAGCUGUGGCCACCUGUACCACCUGCAGUGCCUCCAGCAGAAAGACUGUGGGCGGGGCCAGAGCUCCGAGCUGCCACAGCCUUGGAGGUGCUACAAGUGUUCUUCCAGCCAUGGAGGAAGGGGCGGGGCUUCUGUUGAACCCAGUAGGAGCCGCAGCGCGUCACUCGCCCAGACUCGUUUCUCAUCAGGACAUCAGCAGAAAGGAGGCGAGGCCCACGGGAAGAAGGUAUUGGCUGCAGUGACGCUGGAUGUGCAGCAGGAGCUGUCCUGGGAUCAGCUCCGGGGUUUAUACCGAGGACCAUCCAGGCUGUCCAUCCUGUCAGAGGUGUCACAUGGCCAAGGAGGCGAGAGGCCAGGCUUCCUGGUUCCGGCCCAAUCGGGGGCGGAGAAUUUCCACCUCAAACUGGCUCCUCCUCCUCUGUUUGAAGAGUAGCUCCAUGAUGGAUUCCCCCACGGUCCUCCAGAACCAUCCUACCCAGGAGGAAGGAUCCAUCAGUGGAGCUGCUUCUUGGAUCAGCUGUGAGACCCAGCAGAAGCUCUUGCUCCAACCAACUUAUGUAUAAACAGAAAUGGACCGGUCCAGACCCCAUAUGUUCAUAAGAAGGUGGCGCUGCUCCUCAUGUUCAGCCAUCUCCAUGGGGCGUUUCUAGCACUACACAUAGUUCUGGUUGGUACCCAAGAUUAAAUCGGCUGUUCAGCUGGGCCUGGUACCAGUCCAGAACCACUGAUCUGUUUGUGGUUUUCUAAUAAAACAGUGUUCAGCAUUUCA